AUGAGCAAGGUUGAUUCUGAAACCAAACAACGAUGGGAUGAAUACAUCGAUUACUCUAAAUUACCCUCUUGGACUGAAUGUUGCUCCAUGUUGGACAAGCGUUGUCAGCAAUUGGACGCACAGUGCCGACGGUCUUCAAAACAGCAUAACCCUACCAUAACAACAAAUUACUCACAUAGUAAUAAUCAAAAACAACAUUCAUUCGUAACAAAAAAUGUGGCUCAAGAUUUUGUGUGCAGUCAUUGCUCCAAAUCGGGUCAUAUGAUAUCAACUUGUCAGCGGUUCAUCGUUCUUACUCCUAAUCAACGAAUUGAACAAGCUAAGCAACAAAAACUUUGCCUCAACUGUUUAUCAAAAGGGCAUGGUUACAUACAAUGCCCCUCAAAAUAUUCAUGUAGAUUUUGUAAACAACGUCAUCACUCGCUUCUUCAUAAGCAAUUAGAACCAACCUGUCCCCAGAAAGAAGAAGAACCGUCAUCAUCAUCUGCUGCUACAGAUAGCACCUUUCAAAACAAACCCAGUCCCCAAGUGAGUGCUGUUAUUCUUGCUACUGCAUUAGUAUUGGUUCGUGACUCAGAGGGAAAAUAUCAAUUGGGCCGUGCUCUGCUUGACUCUUGCUCUCAAGUUAACUUCAUAAGUGAGACAUUAUGCAAAUCUCUUAAUCUCAAGAAAUGCACAAAUUCAACAGAUGUCUCUGGAGUUGGCUCUUCGAAGUUGAGAGUCACUCAUAAAACACAAACGACAAUAAGAUCUCGUCUUAAUAACUUCAAUAUGUCAUUAGAGUUCCUGGUUUCUCGCAAUAUAACUGGUUAUCAUCCUGAUGAGAAUCUUUCCGUUAAUGAUUUCAAUUUGCCCUCCAACAUAGAGCUAGCUGAUCCAGAAUUUCAUCGUCGACGAGGAAUCGAUAUUUUACUCGGAGCAGAAUCAUUCUUUUCGCUCUUAUCCGUUGGUCAAAUUAAACUUGGAGAAAAUUUGCCCACUUUACAAAAAACUCUCUUGGGAUGGAUUGUCUCUGGAAAGUAUACAAGUCAAACGGCAAUAUCAUCACAAAGGUCUACUUACUCCAUUGUACAACACAAAGAUAUUUUCCAAGAGAUAAAUAAAAAUAUUGAAAUGCUAUGGAAAAUUGACGUCGUUGAAAGCAAAUGCCAAAAUAUGUCCCGAGAACAAAAAGUAUGUGAAGACCAUUUUGUGAAAAAUGUAUCAGUUCAAUCGGAUGGACGCUUAAUGGUGAGAUUACCCUUUAAAGGUGACCCAAAUGUGCUUGGCGAUUCACGAGACAUUGCCUUGCGUCGUUUCUUUUCCAUAGAGAGAAAAUUGAACAAAAACCCUGAAUUAAAAGAGGAUUACUCACAAUUUCUUAAAGAAUAUGAGGAAUUGGGCCAUAUGUCUCAGGUGGACGACACUAAUAUUUCAGUUCCCAACUAUUACAUACCACAUCACUGUGUUCUUCGCCCCAGCAGUGUGUCGACCAAGUUGCGUGUUGUUUUCGACGCAUCAUGUCGAACCUCUUCACAAACAUCCCUGAAUGAAAUUAUGAUGGUGGGUCCAACAAUCCAGAACAAUUUAUUAAUUACUCUGCUUCGUUUCAGGUGUCAUCGUUACGGAAUGACAGCUGAUAUCGUCAAAAUGUAUCGUCAGGUUUUGGUUCACCCUGAGGAUAGACAACUUCAGCUUAUACUGUGGAGAGAUGACUCCACCAAACCGAUAAAAACAUUUGCCCUCAACACCGUUACAUACGGGACAGCUUCGGCACCAUAUCUCGCAAUUCGAAGCCUACAUUAUGCCGCAGAACGUUUUCCCAACCCAUACGAAGUAGGAAAAGGCAUAAUCAUGAAUGAUUUUUAUGUCGACGAUAUGGUUACUGGAGCGGAUGACCUUGUAUCUUUAAAACGCAUUAAGAACGAAGUCACCGAAAUUUUAUCUUACUCGAAAUUUUCACUCUCGAAAUGGCAUAGCAAUUACCCAGGUUAUGUCUCAAGUGAAGAUGAAGUAAAAGAAAUGAAGCUAAAUGAUGACGUCACAAGUACUUUGGGUAUGACAUGGCACUCAGAUAAUGACACAUUCCAUUUUGAGUUUCGCCCAUCCAAAACGUGGCACACAGAAUACUUGGCUCAGUUACAAAAUCGUUAUCGCUGGAAAAACCCACAACAAAUUCUUCAAGUCAACGAUAUGGUGCUCAUACACGAAGACAAUGUUCCCCCCAUGAAAUGGGCCAUCGGUCGUGUUACCAAACUUAUUCCAGGAGCAGACGGUUUUGUUCGAGUGGCAGAAGUCAAGACAUCACAAACUACAUUAAAGCGUCCCGUGGUAAAGUUAGCCGUACUUCCUAAAGAAUAA